GGGCGCUGCCGCAGCCGAAUCAAAGAAACAUUGGACAGUAGCUUCGCCAGCAAAUGCAACUGGAUAUCCUAGCGCGCUUCUCCUGAUUGAAUGGUUCUUGUUAUGCGCUGCCCGCCGUGAGCUAUCCACGCUCUGCUGCGCGAGCUCUGCUCCUCACUUCUGUUGCGCUCUCUCUGCAAACCAGUACUGCGCCUCGUUCUCGCGACUCGAGCUCUCGACUGCUGCCCCGGCCACCACCACGGCCACCGAGGCCUACCAUGACCAGCAAUGCCCUGCGUACGCAGUUCCCCUACGAGGGCGGCAUGCUCAGUCCGCGCCCGACCUACGACUUCCCCUCGCCGAGCUCGAACUAUCCCUCUGGCGUCGGCGCGCCGUCCCCCAGCUUCUUCCCCAUGGCCUACCAGAUCUCCCCGCGCUUCGGCGCCAGCGCUUUCAUACCUCCGCCAGACGUCUUCGGGGACCGCAGGGAUACCGUGCGUGAGAAUGGCGGCUACACACCUCGGGAUCCCCGAAAGAGGAGCUCAGAUGUCCUGAACACAGAUCCAGUCGCAAUGCACCUGCUAGUGGAGACGGCGAUAGGGGACAGCCAGUACUUUGACAUUAUGACCGUGGAGGAAGUGGAAGCGCUUAAGCAGGAACAAAAGACACUUGAUUCGCGACUUGGUACAGUUAGGAGGAAGCUGGAAUCCGAGACCAAGAUCCGCGAUGCAACGCGCUCGCUCACCCGCCUGGCGUCCAAGAAGGGGAACGGGCAUCGCAGGGGACUGAGCAGCAAGGAAAGUAAUCCCGUACAAGGGUACGAGGAGGACGAGCAGUCGCAAGAAGUUUUGGAGGCUAGCAACAAGAAGGUUGAGGAGUUCAUCAGGGAGCUGCUGGAGAUCGAAUCGCGAAUGCGCAUGAUCGACAUGCAGCUUCUGAUGCACACGGCUGCUGUGCUGCAGCUCACGCACCGAGGCCCCAAAAAGAGCAGCGCGUUUGGUCAGCCAUCGGAGAAUGGCAUCGCAAGGCCAGACAGCCCUGCCAGCCUGGAGACAUAUGAAGUGGGCAGAGCCAACGGCAUCGAUGAUGGAGAGGACACCUUUGACGAUAGGAGCUUUUACAGGACACCUGAAAACCUCGAUAGUCUCAUGAUGGCACUGCAGAAUGGGACGCACCACCGUUCCCCGUCCGUGGACCGUCAGAGCCAAUCACUGACGACCAUGAGCCGACGUCUGGAGGAAUUGAACGAGCGUCUCAGAGAUCUGAUCGUGCAAGCCAACCCAGGGCGUAACGAGGACUAUGCUCUCCCACCACAAAUCCAGGGAGAUAACGCAGAUGCCUCUAGCAUUGACCGCCAGCUCGAUUUCCUUGACCAAGGACUGCGUGAUACUAACGCCGAGCUUGCAAGCAUACGCAGUAAGACUCGACACAGCAUGAGUGAGGUUGAAGGACGUCUUGAGGGCAUCAACAACCAGCUCUACGGCGUACUCAGCAGAGCUAAGACGGAGAAUGCGGAAUCUCUCCAGCCUCCACCACCCAUCACGGGAGGAGGACAAGCCGACCAGUUCAACUACAUGGAAGACGCCUUAUACAACCUCGAACAAACACAAGACUCUUUGAAUGACCAGUUGGACACCCUGCGCUCAAUGCCUGCAGACAACGAGGGCGCAGAAAAAGCCGAGAGGUAUGAGACUACGCUCACGGGUCUGUGGCAAAUUAUUCAGGCUGGCGAAGAGGAAGCUCGCGAACGAAAACGCGAACGCCGUCGUGUGCUCGCUGACGAUCCUGACGCGAGUGAUGAGCUAUCACCCGACGAGGACUUCAAUGCCAACGAGUCUUUCUCACUACCUGCUUUCUCCUCAAAGGUGCAAUGGUUGUUCAGCCGCGCCAUGGGAAUGAAAGAUAAGCACUCUGUACUGCUACGUCAGAUAAAGCAACAGCGAGAGCUCAAUAACAAGUCGGACGCCCAAAAGGAAGAGCAGUUCCAGCGACUCAACGACCAGCUGUUCAGCGCAAGAUCUGAGAAGAAGACUAUGGAAGGCGAGCUCGAGCGUGCAAUGGGCCAACUACGUGAAUUCGACGAGCAAAAAGCUAAAGCAAACCCCCCUGGCAUGCAGGAGACGCAAGAGCGUAACGCAGGACUCGAGGCUCAGCUCAUCAACAUGCAAGAACGUCUUGCCACAUUCGAUAAAGAGCUAAAAGAAUCACGGGACCGUGCCGUCGCUUACGAGAACCAACUCAAGGACGUGCAGGAGACUGCUGUGUCGUAUCAAAAGAGGAUGCAAGAAGCUGAAGAACGUAACGCUACGUUUGAGAAGGAACGUAAGGACAACGAGGAGGUGACUUCGUUGUACAACGUGAAGAGUAGGGAGAUUGAAGGUCGUAGUGUAGGCUACGAAGCUCAAAUCCGAGACGCCCAGGAACGAGCGCUAUCCCUGGAGGGUCAGUUGAGAGAAGUCCAGCAGGCAAGAGAUGAGUCCCGGGCUGAUGCUACAGCGAGACAAGCUGAGCUUGUGCAAUCUGCAGCUAAACUUGAUGAGCUCGUUACUGCUUUGAAGGCAGCCACUAUAGAAAGUGAAGCAGCCUCAGCUCGCUCCCUCGAAGCAACAAAUGCGUUGAAUGACAAGGAGGAGGAGUAUCGCAACCUCGAGGGCGAGAUCGUCCGUCUAACGACCGAACUCACUUUUGCCAAGGCCGAGCUUGAUGGGGCAUACGGGAGUCGUUCCCAGCGCGCUGCUGAGUCUCUCGCCAAUCCUGCUAUCAAGAAGGAGCUCGAUGACCUUGCUGAGAAGAACCAGUCGCUUCUCGCUGAACUAGACGCUCUUGGUAGACUGCAAGAUGUCGCCUCGCAGUCUGAAGCAGAGGCUCGCCAAUCCGAACGUAACCUCAAGGUCGAGCUUUCAGGCAUGGCUGCCGAGUACGAGGCACUUACUCGCGAUGCCAUUCAUAAUGAGAAGGAUCGCGAUACACUCGAAGCUCAAAUCGACAAGUUGCGCAGUGAGAAGGAGGCACUGGAGCGCGAUUUGAACGACGAGAAGGUCAAAUGGCUCGGUGUUCGCUCACCAGGUACACCAGGUGGCCCCGGUCAACAGCUCGACUUGGGAGCUACCAGCAUUCGCAUGAUGCGUGACGAGUUCAGGAAGAUGAUGAGGGAAAGAACAUCUGAAGGACUAAAGGCUUUGAGGGCCGAACAAGAGGAGCGUCGCAAGCUCGAAGCUGUGGUCCGCCAGCUACGUAAAGAAGCAUCUCCUGCACUGCGACCGACCCUGUCGCGCCAGACUACACAAUCGUAGGUAGUGUUUUUGUAAUUAUCAGCAGAUCGUCGUGGCCUUUGUGCCUUGGAUCUUUUACUUCGCCAUCUGUAUUCUUAUAUACCCCCUCGCGCUUUUGCAUCUAGUAUAGCAUCAUGUAGACCGGCGUUCACCAUAUUGAGCACGCGAAAGGGAGAUAGACUCUGCAGACAUGGUGCAUGAGCUUAGAUUAAUGUUAUAUGAAGUAAUAGAGAAUUUUGCAACAGCAUUUACUAGUUAUGACCAACGGCAGCAAG